AUGGCAGAGAUAGCAGUUGCAGCUGCAAUAUCGGUAAUCGAUAAGCUCAUUAAACAUUUCAUUUUAGUAAAUUCCCAGCGCAAGGAACAGGCCGCCGUCAAUGAUUUUCGUUCCAUAAAAAACUGGCUGAACACGAUGCAAGCCUACUUGAAGGAUACAGAAGAAAUAAAAGAAGUCACUGAAGGCUUCAAGGAUCGGGUGAAACAAGUGCGUGAUUUAGCAUAUGAAAUACAGGAUGCAAUUGAAGAGUUUAUGCUUGAGGUUCCUGAUCACUUUCAUGAGCAUAAAAUCACCCGAUUUCUUCAUGAUGUGGCUCACUCUUUAACUGACAAAAAACCCCUCUCUCGGUUGUUCUCACGCAUGGAGACUAUCAAGGUCAAGAUGAAAGGUAUAGAAGAAUUAGAUCGUUUCCGCAUACUUCCAUCUGAACGAGCCUCGAGGAGUUCUGGUGCAGUUUGUUAUCCGAAAGUCAUGGAUUAUGAAUUAGUAGGCAUUGAGAAGCGUAGAGAUGAACUUAUUAAUCUCAUAAAAAGUCGAGAAUCGAGGAAGAUGGUGGUUUCAGUGUUUGGAGAUCGUGGCUCAGGUAAAACCACUGUCAUCGAGGAAGUUUAUGGAAAGCUGAAGGAAGAUUUUGAGUGUCAUGCUUUGGUUUCAGUUCCUCACCCUGUGCCUGUGGAGGGCAUAUCAGAUAAGAUUUGUGCAGCAAUGGAGAUACCAGUUCCCAAAGGAACAGAUGCAAACCAGAAGCUGCUUUCGUACUUACAGCAAAAGAGGUAUAUUAUUUUUUUAGAUGGAAUUUGGAACAAUGAUGAGUGGAAUAGUAUUCAGCGUGCUUUACCUGAUGGUCGCCCUCGUAGUAGGACAAUUAUUUCCACACAUAUACGUGAUGUAGCCUCUUAUUGUGCAAAGUCUUUGAAUCACAUCUACUCUCUAAAAGCUCUAACAUGGGAUGAGGGAUGGGAACUUUUCUGUCAUAAGGCCUUCCGAGGAAAUGAAUGCCCUCAACACUUGGUUAGCUGUUCUCAGCGUAUCUUAACAAGGUGUGACGGAUUGCCAUUAGCAAUAGUUGCUGCAGCUAGCCUUUUGGCCAAUAAGCCACAAACUACAUCAGAAUUUGAGAAAUUGCAUGAUAGCUUAGGUCAUGAGCUAGGAAGCAGUGACCAUUUAUCAGUCCUGCGAAAGAUAUUACUACAAAGUUACUUUCAUCUUUCCUAUAAUCUCAGACGCUGCUUCUUGUACUUUUGCAAUUUCCCAGAGGAUCGUUCGGUGACACGUGGAAGACUGGCUCGGUUGUGGAUAGCUGAACAGUUUGUUGAGGAGGGAAGAAGUAAGACAGCGGAGGAUAUGGCCAAUGAGUACCUCAAUGAACUCAUUCAAAUGAAUCUGGUGCAUGUAAGUCAGAGCGAUCUUCAAGGGCGAGUCAGAAGUUGUCGGGUUCAAGCUCUUGUGCGAGAGUUCAUCAUUUCCAGGUCCGAGGAAAAUAACUUCAGUCUAGUUCUCACAGAAGGAGACAGGAUUGUAGCACCUCUGCCUCCUAGACGCUUAUCUAUCACCAAUUUUAGCAAAAAUCCAAUACCCGCAACGACGGACUUAUCUCGUGUUCGCACCCUCAUCUCAUUUGGGAGAGAGAGUUUUAAUCAGUUAAUGUCUGGAAAGCCACUUGACAGCUUUAGGUUUUUAACAGUUUUAGAUCUGGAAGAUGCAGCUUUGGAAUGUUUUCCACAUGAGGUAGAUGCUCUCACACUCCUGAGUUACCUAAGUUUGAGAAAUACAAGGAUCGAAACAGUUCCAAGAUCUAUUGAGAAGCUCCUAAACCUUGUGACUUUGCACCUUAGACAAACAUGUGUCAAGGAGUUGCCCAAGAAGAUCCGUAAACUUCGCAAGUUGAUCUACCUCUUUGUUGACUCGAUCAAUGUGAAUCAAGCUCGUGUAGGAGCAGAGAUGCCUCCAGGAAUUGGAAGGUUAGAAUCUCUAGAGAAGCUGUCACUUGUCAAGGCAAGCAAGAAGAUUAUUAGAGAGUUGGGAAACUUGGUUCAGCUGAGGAAACUGGGGAUCACAGAGCUUGAAAGUGAUCAUGGAAGGGAUUUGUGUGCAUCAAUUGAAAACAUGCUGUAUCUUUCCUCUUUAUAUGUGUCUUCAACAAAUGGAGAGGAGUUUCUUGCUCUAAAUGAUGUUAGUAGACCUCCUCGUUUCCUUUGUAGUUUAUAUCUGGGAGGUCGUUUACAGUACAUUCCUGAAUGGAUUAGCUCCCUACACAGUCUCGCUAAGAUAUGUCUUAAAGGAGUUGAAAUUCAAGCCCAAUUGGUUUCAGAAGCUAGUGAUAUUAGAGAUCGAACAAUUCAAUGA